AUGUACGAAACCAAUGCGAUAAGCGUAUAUCCCCUAUGUACUGGACGGUUGUAUUAUUGUUGCAAUCGUACCUACGACACCACGGUGUUUUAUCAAUAAACAUAAUCGAUUCCUGUUCGUUUUGACAGUGGCGAUAAGAAGUAUGCGAAUUCUUUAAAUGUGAAAAUUUUGUCGUGUUAGUGUUAAAUUAUUGCCGUUUCUUAUGACUAUUUUGCUAUCAGGAAAUUUGCGAUAAUGACACCAUGAACAGGAUCGGAAUAAGAAAAAGGGCAUACAUUUUGAUAGUAAUUUGUAUCGCAUUAUGGACAUUCCUCAUCUUAUCAUAUUCAGAAUCAUUUUCGGAAAAAGUCGAAUACAUUUUUCUAGAUCAAGAAGAAAAUACAAGUUAUACAAAGCAUGUUGAGGAAUGGCUGCGAAUGAAGAAAAACUUCCAAAAUUUAUCCAAGUUGGGUAGGAUAUUAUUUCUAGAUGAGAAGGAACCACUGAUUUCAACUGACAAGAAAUACGAAAUUCUUGUAUGGAAAUUUGGUCACACAAUAGAAGCUAGACAUCUACGAAAUUUCUCAAACAAAAGCGUAGAUCCUUUCCGCCAUUGUCCCGUGAAAAACUGUGAUAUAACGUACAAAGAUUCAUCUGUGGAUACUGCCGAUAUAGUAAUUUUCCACUUGCACCGCAUGAAGGACGAGAAAGACCUUCCGCAACAGAAACGUCGGCCUGAUCAAAUUUGGGCUUUCCUCACCGACGAAAGCCCGUACCAUACUUUCCUGUCUCCCAAAGGAAAACUGAAGACGUUCGACGGAGUGUUCAACUGGUCGAUGUCUUACAGGUCAGAUUCAGAUAUUCCUGUACCAUACGGAAGGACCAUCCUGAGGAAGAAACAUGAAAAAAUCGAACUGAACCUGAAAAAAAGGAAAGACGUUCUGGUCGCCAUCUUGGGAUCGAAUUGUGGCGGGAAGAAUAAUCGGUGGGAUUAUGUAAGAGAACUGCAGAAACAUAUGAAAGUCGAUGUAUACGGCAAAUGUGGACCAAUUAAGACAUGCCCAGGUCACUUCAAAGAAGACUGUCCAGACAUAGAAAACUACCUAUUUUACCUCUCAUUUGAGAACUCCAAUUGUGAUGACUACAUCACUGAGAAACUGUGGUGGAACGCAUACCACAAAAACACCAUUCCCAUCGUAAUGGGAGCCACUCCUGAUAACUACAGAAAACUGCUGCCGCCUGACUCCUACAUAAACAUAGAAGAGUUCGCCAGUCCGGCAGUGUUGGCCCAAUUCAUUCAUAGAUUGAAUGAGACGAGAGAAUACAGAAACUACUACAAAUGGAAGAAAUAUUUCCGAGUGGUUAAUGAGCACGGUUACUUCAAGAGCGAAUCCUUCCACUUCUGUCGAAUAUGUCAGGCGCUUAAUUAUAAUGAUAAACAGCCAAAGAUUUAUGGAAGAUUAGAUGAUUAUUGGAGUGUUCAAAGGGACUGCCAUCCUUCUUGGAACGCAUGGUAGAGAAUACUUCACCUCCAUUAAAGUAUUAGUA